UUGUCUCACGAGAUACUGGCAAGUCCUGGACGCUGUUAAAGUUGUAGGUAACGCGAGCAGAAUGCAAUUUAGAUGAUUUAUACACCUUUUACCGAUUUAAUGUUAGGUUUAAAGCGUUGGCGUCGCGACAUGUUGUAGAAAUUUCUUCAUUUGCUUAGGAAUUAUUUAUACGAUAUUUUUUAAGAAUGUCAUUCAGAGGUGGAAGAGGUGGAGGUUUUAACCGGGGAGGAGGAGGCGGAGGGUUUAACAGGGGAGGAGGAGGCGGAGGAUUUAAUAACCGCGGCAGAGGAGGCUUCGGCGGCAGAGGAGGCAGAGGAGGCUUCGGUGGUCGUGGUGGUUUCAGACAGCAAGAUUAUGGACCUCCAGAAUACGUUGUUGCUUUAGGAGAGUUUGUGCAUCCCUGUGAGGACGACGUCGUGUGCAAAUGCACAACUGAGGAAAACAAGGUUCCCUACUUUAAUGCACCAGUGUACCUGGAAAACAAGGAGCAGAUUGGAAAGGUGGAUGAGAUAUUUGGACAGCUGCGUGACUUUUAUUUUUCCGUCAAACUUUCUGAAAACAUGAAGGCUUCUUCGUUUAAGAAAUUGCAGAAGUUUUAUAUAGACCCAAUGAAGCUCCUUCCACUGCAAAGGUUCCUGCCAAGGCCGCCUGGCGAAAAGGGUCCGCCAAGGGGAGGUAGAGGUGGACGGGGAGGCGGUCGUGGAGGUGGAUUCCGGGGUGGCAGAGGUGGAGGUUUUGGAGGAGGUGGUAGAGGUGGAGGAUUCGGACGUGGAGGUGGAGGAUUCGGACGUGGAGGUGGCGGCUUCAGAGGCAGAGGUGGCGGAGGACGUGGAUUCAGGGGUGGGAGAUGAUCUGCUGUGGGUCCACAACUUAGUCCUCUGUGAGGGUCACAAAGUUGGACAUUAUCUUCCGAGUGGAUUUGUUUUCUUUAUUUUUAUUAUUUUUUGUACACGUGAUGUGUCUUUUCUUAUAGUUACCAAAGGUGGACAUUGUCUGUCCGUCAGUGAGCCGCUGUUAGUAUUUCAGGCCUGCGUGGAGCUAGUUGGUCCCUUGUUGCCGACAGCUAAGUCUCACUGAGAAUGUCAUUUCCACGUCACACACAGCACAAGCUGACACGUGGCCAAAUUAAGAAAAUUAUUCAAAUAAAAACAACAGACGUGCACAGUGUGGUGAUUGGGGAAAUUAAAAUAAUAUGGGACCAUAUCAUUGUAAUCAGUGAUACCGGAAGGUAUACAAACAUGUUUUAUUUUUUAUUUGGCUACAUGUCAGGGAUGUGUGGCAAGUAGUUCAUUCCUGACUGUUUGGCUGUCGCCAACAAAUUGGAUAGAUGGGGGCCUGUCUGAAAUACUGACGGCAGCUGACAGAAAGAUUGAUGAUCUCAACCUUUGAUAUUUAAAGGGCUCAAAUCCAUGCUUGUGAUACACCUCAGUAGUCAAAUGCACCUGAACAGAUACAUUCACAAAUGGUCAUUAGUGAUAUAUGGACAAGUGUGUGUUUGUGGAGGGGGGUUUAGAGUUCAAAAUUGGUUGAAUUCUUACGACUGCAGAACAUCUUGUCUUGAUUAAAAAACAAAAUUCUGUAAAA